AACCUUUCAUAUUUACACUGUGGGAGCUCUUGUAUUAAUUGGCACAUAAUCAGGUGCAGCUGCUAAGAAUCAGGCAGCUCUUAAAACUGACACACAGAAUACUGCCAAUGCAGCCUGAAGAGCUAGAGAAUAUGUAAAUAUUCUGUUUGCUUCUAAGCUUACAGAUUGCUGGUCCUGGGUUCUACUGACAUCAGGAUGAGACACUGUGGGAUUCCCUCAUGUCAUAAACCAUCUCUUCCCCUACUUGCAGUAGAAAGACCCGAGACACCCUUAAGAACUGAGAAUCUUACUAAUUUAAACAGAUGGCUAAUCCCAGUGCUGUGUGCAAUGGACAUCUACAUCAUCAUCAUCAUCAGAAACAGAAUAACCUCUUAAAAAGUGGAAUAUCUAAGAAAAAUGGAAUCACUAAAGGAGCAAAGAAGAAUGGAGUAUCAAACGGAACCCUCUACAAAAAAACAUUUAUUGAGCACUUUGAACAGGCACCAAUGUAUGUUGCAGUUUUUACUUUCGUGGGGUUUGCAGUGGGAACAAUAUUUGGCUACCUGCGAGAUUUUAUGAGAGCCUGGGGACUAGAAAAACGUAACAUUGCUACGGAGAGAGAACAACAAAAAGAUUUUGUGCCACUUUAUCAAGAUUUUGAGAACUUUUACACCAGGAACCUCUAUUUGAGAAUACGGGAUAACUGGAAUCGUCCCAUUUGUAGUGUCCCUGGGCCACAGUUUGACCUCAUGGAGCGUGUUACAGAUGAUUACAACUGGACAUUUAGGUUUACAGGAAGGACUAUCAAGAAUGUAAUCAAUAUGGGUUCUUAUAACUACCUCGGCUUUGCAGAAACAGAUGUUAAUGCUUUGAAAACUGUGACCAUAGAGUUAGAAAAAUAUGGGACAGGAAUCUGCAGUACCAGGCAAGAAAUGGGCACCCUAGACAAACAUGUAGAACUAGAGAAACUUGUGGCCACGUUCCUUGGUGUGGAAGAUGCUAUGGUGUUUGGCAUGGGCUUUGCAACUAACUCAAUGAAUAUUCCAGCCCUUGUUGGAAAGGGCUGCCUCAUUUUAAGUGAUGAGUUGAACCACACUUCUCUUGUUCUCGGUGCGAGGCUUUCAGGUGCCACUAUUAGAAUCUUCAAGCAUAAUAAUAUGCAGAGCCUCGAGAAGUUGCUGAGAGAUGCAAUAAUAUAUGGGCAGCCUCGCACUCACAGAGCAUGGAGAAAAAUUAUCAUCCUCGUGGAGGGCAUUUACAGCAUGGAAGGGUCCAUCGUGCGUCUGCCAGAGAUCGUCUCCUUGAAGAACAAAUACAAAGCAUACCUCUACUUGGACGAGGCUCACAGCAUUGGUGCAGUGGGAGCAACGGGCCGAGGAGUUGUGGAAUACUUCGGAAUGAGUCCCAAUGACGUGGACGUAUUAAUGGGAACGUUCACAAAGAGCUUUGGUGCAGCUGGAGGAUACAUAGCUGGCAAAAAGGACCUUGUGGACUUUUUACGAACUCAUUCUCAUAGUGCUGUGUACGCCACAUCUAUGUGUCCCCCCGUAGCAGAGCAAAUCAUCAGGGCAAUGAGAUGUCUCAUGGGACUGGACGGGACAACACAAGGGCUCCAAAGAGUGCGUCAGCUGGAGAAAAACACAAGGUACUUCAGACGAAAACUGCAUGAAAUGGGCUUCAUCAUUUAUGGCAAUGAUGAUUCUCCUGUUGUUCCCUUGCUGCUUUAUAUGCCUGGUAAGAUAGGGGCUUUUGCAAGACGCAUGUUAGAAAAGAAUAUUGGGGUAGUCGUGGUUGGGUUUCCAGCUACUCCUAUCACAGAAUCCAGGGCUCGGUUUUGCGUGUCAGCUGCACAUACACGGGAGAUGUUGGACACGGUUUUGAAUGCUCUGGAUGAAUUGGGUGAUUUUCUACAUCUGAAAUAUUCCCGGUAUUCCAAGUCAUCUCAUCCUGAACUGUAUGAAGAAUCUAGACUUGAACUUGAAGAUUAAGUUUUCCACCCAUGAAAAGAACAUUAUGAUGCUAUGAAAGGGCGGAAAACCUGAAAACUAAACAAUACAAAUGCACUUCUUCCCUUCUAAGGACAAUUUUUCUCAGUUAAUUGAAAGGAGGGGAGCUCAGGUGUUGCAUCACUUUGUAUCAAACUUCUGCAUUCAAGAGACUGAAAUGUUGAUACAGAUUUGCCUCCCCAGGAGAUCUGUCCUUCUUAAGGUAUUUUUGAUGCAGAAUGAAUGCAUCCAUUGAUCCAGUUGCUAACGUACAGCUUUUGAUAUGGCCCUUUUUUAUGAAGAGGCUUCAGAUAGUCUUAAUUGUGACUGAAAUAAUAAAGUUUAAAAAGUUUAGAGAUUCCAGUGUAAUACAGCUGAGCUUCAUCAGUGAGACUGAUCUGUUAAAGAGCAUAAAUCAAGAUGCCAGUGUGGACUGCUACAAAGGAAUGAGCAGAAAGUGACUUCUUUAACUAAGUUUCACUAUCAUGCAUUUCUCC